AUGAAACGAGGAAAUCAUUCUUUGAAAUCAGACCAGGCUUUCAACGAGCUACUAAAGCCCGUGUACAAAGGCAAACGUCUCGAGGAUGAAAUCAACACCGCCGAGGAUAAAUGGAACCUUCUACCGGCCUUUUUGAAAAUCAAAGGUCUUGUCAAACAGCAUCUAGACUCCUUCAACUACUUUGUCGAUACUGACUUGAAGAAGAUCUUGAAAGCAAACGCCUUGGUGCUAUCGGACGUUGACCCGGACUUUUACGUCAAAUACAUCGACAUUAGAGUUGGCCAUAAAUCCACCUCGUCUCCUGGAACCAAGGAAGUGAUCUUGCCACCACACGAGUGCAGAUUGAGAGAUCUCACCUAUAGUGCACCGAUCUAUGUAGAUGUCGAGUACACCAGGGGCCGCAAGAUUAUCAGGCACAACGAUUUGGAAAUCGGGAGGAUGCCAAUCAUGUUGCGGUCGAACAAGUGCAUGUUGGAAGGGAUGGAUGAGCGGAGAAUGGCUCUGGUGGACGAGUGUCCAUUGGACCCUGGAGGAUACUUUGUUGUUAAUGGAACGGAAAAAGUCAUUCUCGUGCAAGAACAGUUGUCCAAAAACAGAAUCAUUGUUGAAUCCGACGAGAAAAAGGGUAUCGUUCAGGCCUCGGUGACAUCAUCGACCCACGAACGUAAAUCCAAGACAUAUGUAAUCACCAAGCACGAUAAGAUAUACUUGAAGCACAACUCGAUCAGCGAAGAUGUUCCCAUUGUUAUAGUGUUGAAAGCCGCUGGCAUCACCUCGGACUUGGAGAUACUCCAGUUGGUUUGCGGAUCAAACCCAAACUACCAGGACUUGUUUGUUGUCAAUUUCGAAGAAGCGGCCAAGUUGGGGGUUUUCACCCAGCAACAGGCAUUGCUUUAUUUGGGUAAGCGAGUCAAGACGAUUAGACGAGCUGGCGCUCCGAAACUAUCGCAAAUGCAGGAAGGUAUCGAAGCGAUUGCCACCACCAUCAUUGCACACUUGACCGUGACCGAUUUGCAAUUCCGUGAAAAGGCCCUUUACAUGGCAAUGAUGGCGCGAAGAGUGGUGAUGGCAAUGCACAAUCCUAAAAUGGUUGACGACCGAGAUUACGUGGGUAACAAAAGAUUGGAGCUUGCCGGACAGCUAAUGUCUCUCCUUUUCGAGGACUUGUUCAAAAAGUUUAAUUCCGAUUUCAAGGCCAAUAUCGACAAGAUAUUGAAAAAACCUAGCAGGACAUCCGAAUUCGAUGCCCUCUUGUCGAUCAACAUCCAUUCAAACAACAUCACCAUGGGCUUGAACAGGGCCAUUUCCACUGGUAACUGGUCGUUGAAACGGUUCAAGAUGGAAAGGGCCGGUGUCACCCACGUCUUGUCUCGACUUUCCUACAUAUCUGCCUUGGGGAUGAUGACGCGUAUCUCGUCGCAGUUUGAGAAAUCAAGAAAAGUGUCUGGCCCAAGGGCAUUGCAGCCGUCGCAGUUUGGUAUGUUGUGUACCGCAGAUACUCCGGAAGGUGAGGCUUGUGGACUUGUCAAGAACUUGGCCUUGAUGACGCACAUCACUACGGACGACGAAGAGCUUCCGAUAAAGAAACUUGCCAUCGCGCUCGGAUGCGAGUCUAUCUUGGGAUUGGACUCGUCAACUUUGCACGUUGACGGCAAUUUUGGAGUAUAUCUCAAUGGUACAUUAGUUGGCGCUACUCGCUUCCCUGUAAAAUUUGUCACCGAUUUCCGUCGUUUAAGAAGAGCCGGUAAGGUGUCGGCUUUCAUCUCAAUCUACACCAACACCCACCACCAAGCUGUCCAUUUGGCCACCGAUGGUGGCAGAAUCUGUCGUCCUUUGAUAAUUGUGGAGAAUGGCAAGUCCAAAGUGCAGCCUGAGCAUUUAAAGAAACUCCUUAAUGGCGAAUGGGAGUUUGACCAUUUCUUAAAGGCGGGACUCGUUGAGUAUCUAGACGUGAAUGAAGAAAACGACUCGUUGAUUGCGUUGUACGAAAAAGACAUUGGUGCGAACCCAAAGGCAACCAUCACGCAUUUGGAAAUCGAGCCUUUUACUGUGCUUGGUGCCGUGGCUGGGUUGAUUCCGUACCCUCAUCAUAACCAAUCGCCAAGAAACACUUACCAAUGUGCGAUGGGUAAACAAGCCAUCGGUGCCAUAGCUUACAAUCAAUUCAAGAGAAUCGACACCUUGUUGUAUUUUAUGGUUUACCCUCAGGAACCAAUGGUGAAAACCAAGACCAUAGAGUUGAUUAAUUACGACAAGUUGCCUGCGGGCCAAAACGCCACCGUUGCCGUCAUGUCCUACUCCGGGUACGAUAUCGAAGAUGCCUUGGUUUUAAACAAAUCCUCGCUAGACAGAGGCUUUGGCCGGUGUCAAGUAGUUCGUAAAAACACCGUUCAGUUGAAAAAAUAUCCCAACCAUACCAAGGAUAUUUUGCUCGGUAUGCGGGUCGACGAAAACAACGAACCCAUUUUUUCCCACCGGGCGUUGGGACCCGAUGGCCUUGGUGAAGUGGGCAGCAGAAUCAGCAAUGGACAAGUGUACGCCAACAAACAUGUCCCCACCAACUCAGGCGACUCGGCGUUGGGCGGUCCGCAACAGCCACAAGCCGCCGCCGAGAGUCACAGAGAAGCCGCUCAUUACUACAAGGGUCCCGAACCUUCCUAUGUUGACCAAGUCAUGAUGUCAGUUAGCGACAACGACCAAGCACUAGUCAAGGUAUUGUUAAGACAAACAAGAAGACCUGAGUUGGGUGACAAGUUCUCGUCGAGACACGGCCAAAAGGGUGUUUGCGGCAUCAUUGUGCAGCACGAGGACUUGCCUUUCAACGACGAAGGAAUAUCACCCGAUAUCAUCAUGAACCCGCAUGGUUUCCCAUCACGUAUGACUGUUGGGAAAAUGAUUGAGUUGAUUUCGGGAAAAGCUGGAGUCGUGAACGGUUCACUCGAAUACGGAACUUGUUUCGGCGGCUCCAAGUUGGAGGAAAUGUCAAAGAUCUUGGUCGACAAGGGGUUCUCUUACUCGGGCAAGGAUAUGCUCUACUCGGGAAUCACGGGGGAGUGCCUUCAAGCCUACAUCUUUUUCGGCCCCAUCUACUAUCAGAAAUUGAAGCAUAUGGUGUUGGAUAAAAUGCACGCGAGAGCAAGAGGUCCGAGAGCCGUGUUGACGAGACAGCCAACCGAAGGUAGAUCCAGAGACGGUGGCUUGAGGUUGGGAGAAAUGGAGAGAGACUGUGUCAUUGCUUACGGUGCUUCGCAGUUGCUUCUUGAACGGUUGAUGUUGUCCUCCGAUGCUUUCGAAGUCGAUGUUUGCAACAAGUGUGGUCUUAUGGGCUACAACUCGUGGUGCACAACGUGCAAAAGCGGCGACAACAUUAUCAAAAUGACGAUUCCCUAUGCUGCCAAGUUGUUGUUUCAAGAGCUCAUCUCGAUGAAUAUUGCUCCUAGAUUGAGAUUAGGAGACGUUUUUUGA